GUCUUGGGUAAAAUGUCGUCAAGAAACGGAAAAACAGAUGUUAUGUUCGAGGAUGACGAUCUUCCAUACGAGGAGGAAAUUAUCAGGAACCCGUAUUCGGUUAAAUGCUGGAUUCGCUACAUCGAAUUUAAGCAGAAUGGUCCAAAAGCCACCCUCAACAUGAUAUAUGAGCGAGCUUUGAAAGAGCUGCCUGGGAGCUACAAGCUGUGGUACAAUUAUCUGAGAGAGCGGCGGAAGCAGGUGAAGGGGAAGUGCGUCAAUGACCCAGUCUAUGAAGAGGUCAAUAAUUGCCAUGAGAGAGCUCUGGUGUUCAUGCACAAGAUGCCCCGAAUAUGGAUCGAUUACUGCCAGUUCAUCGUCUCUCAGUAUAAGAUGACAAAAAGUCGAAGAACAUUUGACCGAGCGCUAAGAGCGCUCCCAGUUACGCAGCACACACGAAUCUGGCCACUGUAUCUUCGCUUUGUCCGCAACGUGCCUCUACCAGAGACGGCUAUCAGAGUGUAUCGCAGGUACUUGAAGCUUUGUCCUGAAAGUGCAGAGGAGUACAUUGAGUAUUUGAAAUCUGUCGGGCGGUUGGACGAAGCAGCUACCCGCCUGGCGGCUAUCGUCAACGACGAAGGAUUUGUGUCCAAAGAAGGAAAAUCCAACUACCAAUUAUGGCACGAGCUCUGUGACCUCAUAUCCCAGAACCCUGAUAAAGUGACCUCAUUGAACGUUGGUGCCAUCAUCCGAGGAGGUCUCACCCGCUUCACCGAUCAGCUUGGCAAACUCUGGUGCUCUUUGGCUGACUAUUACAUCAGAAGUGGGCACUUUGAAAAGGCCCGAGACGUGUAUGAGGAAGCCAUUCUGACUGUGGUUACUGUUCGAGAUUUCACCCAAGUCUUUGACAGUUAUGCCCAGUUUGAAGAAAGCAUGAUUGCUGCCAAAAUGGAAACAACAGCAGAAAUGGGGCAGGAGGACGAUGAGGACGUCGACUUGGAGCUCAGGCUUGCUAGAUUCGAACAACUGAUAGCGCGGCGCCCUCUACUGUUGAACAGCGUGUUACUGCGGCAGAAUCCUCAUAAUGUGCAUGAGUGGCACAAACGUGUAAAACUCUAUGAGGGCAACCCAAGACAGAUCAUAAACACGUACACAGAGGCUGUACAGACAGUGGACCCAAUAAAGGCCACAGGGAGGCCUCACACACUCUGGGUUUCUUUCGCUAAGUUCUAUGAGGAGAACGAACAACUUGAUGAUGCCAGGACCAUCUUUGAGAAGGCCACAAAGGUGAACUACAAGCAAGUGGAUGAUCUUGCCACGGUGUGGUGUGAAUAUGGAGAAGUAGAGCUUCGCCAUGAGAACUAUGACCAGGCGCUGAAGAUACUGAGGAAAGCAACAGCCAUCCCAUCCAAGAAAGCCGAAUAUUUUGAUGCGUCUGAGCCUGUCCAAAAUCGAGUGUACAAGUCUCUGAAGGUCUGGUCCAUGUUGGCCGACCUGGAGGAGAGUCUCGGGACCUUCCAGUCCACAAAAGCGGUUUACGACCGAAUUAUCGACCUGAGAAUAGCCACACCGCAGAUCAUCAUCAACUACGCCAUGUUUCUGGAGGAGCACAACUACUUCGAGGACAGCUUCAAGGCAUAUGAGCGCGGCAUCGCCCUCUUCAAGUGGCCAAAUGUGUAUGACAUCUGGAACACUUACUUGACCAAGUUCAUUGAUCGUUAUGGGGGAAAGAAACUGGAGCGAGCCAGAGAUCUAUUUGAGCAAGCCCUCGAUGGUUGUCCUGCCAAGUUCGCCAAAACCAUUUACCUUUUGUAUGCCAAAUUGGAAGAAGAGUAUGGUCUUGCACGACAUGCCAUGGCUGUCUACGAACGGGCGACACAAGCAGUAGAAAAUGAAGAGAGACAUCACAUGUUCAACAUUUACAUCAAGAGAGCUGCAGAAAUAUACGGUGUCACGUACACCAGGGCGAUAUACCAGAAGGCAAUCGAGAUCCUUCCAGAUGAGCACGCCAGAGAAAUGUGUUUGAGAUUUGCCGAUAUGGAGAGCAAACUGGGUGAGAUCGACCGGGCGAGAGCAAUCUACUCCUACUGUUCCCAAAUCUGUGACCCGAGGGUGACUGCUGAAUUCUGGCAGACCUGGAAGGAGUUUGAGAUCCGCCAUGGCAACGAGGACACCAUCAGGGAAAUGCUGAGGAUCAAACGAAGCGUUCAGGCCACCUACAACACCCAGGUCAAUUUCAUGUCCUCUCAGAUGAUGAAAGCUUCAACGAGCUCCACAGGCACAAUAUCAGAUCUUGCUCCCGGCCAGAUGGGCAUUGAUGACAUGAAGAUGCUGGAGCAAAAGGCACAGCAACUAGCUGCUGAGGCGCAGAUGGACAAACCCAAGCCCAAAGAGAAAAUUCUUUUUGUCAGGAGCGACACAUCCCGCAGCGAGUUGGCAGAGCUGGCUAAGCAAGCCAAUCCAGAUGAGAUCGAUAUUGAUGAUGACGACGAGGAUCAAGGCCCUGAUGAAGUGCAGCUUGAACAGAAGAGCGUCCCCACGGCUGUGUAUGGAGGACUCAAGGAUGAUUGAGCGAUCGAGUUAUUCACUGACCUACAUAAAGAUGUUUCUGUGUCUCUUGUGUAGUAGGAAGAAAGAAUAAUUCUCUUGUCUUUUUGUUAGGUAAAGCUGUUGAGGUCCGGUGGCACUGUUGUGUAGAGACUGUCUUGAAAACAUUUUGUAUAUAAAUGCAGCUUUUACAUUUGAUGAUCUUGCAUAAAUAAUUCAAGCGUUAUGAAUUUUCAUUCAACCUCUAAAUCGGUGUUUGGUUAAUAAAAAACUUUUGUAUUUUGUCAAACAUCGUGAAAGUUAAUGAGGUACAAAUAC